GUCUGCGUGCUGUGGGGCAAGGAUGUGUGUGUGGUGGGGUGCAGGAUGCUUGUGUUGUGGGACAGGGAGAUGAGCUUGCAGUGGGUGUGAUGUACGUGAGCAAUGGGAUGUGGAGAGUGGAUGCAGUGGGGCGAGGUGUGGGUGAAAAUGGGGCACAGAGGUGUGUGCAGUGGGGCAGUGUCCAGCUGCUGUGGGACACAGUAUACUCUUGCAGUAGGACAUGGUGAGUAUGCAACAGGGCACAGAGUUGCUUUCAUUUGGAUGUGCAUGAGGUGUGUGUGCAGUGGGACUGGAGGUGCACGUGCAAGAGAACAUGAAGUCCAUGUGCGAUGGGACACAGAGUUGCGUGCGUAAUGGGCUCUUUGCAUAACGGGGCAUGGAAUUGCAUGUGCAGUGAGUAUCAGGUGCCUACAGAAUGGGGCAGAAGGAUGUGCGUGCAGUGGGGCAUGGUGAUAAGCAUGCCAUGGGAAAUGGGGUACUCAUGCAGUGGGGCACAAUGUGUGCACACCAGGUGGAUACAGGCAGUGCAUCUGCAGUGGAACACACAAGGGGAAUAGAGGAACAUGGGUGAAAAAUGCAAGGCAGAGGGUUUUGUGCAUGCAGUGGGGUAGCGGGGAUGGACAGCCUGCAGAGAGGGGGAUGUAUGCGUGGCGAGGCAUAGGGGUGUGUGGGGCGGAUGUCCACAGGACUAGGUGAGACGACAAGCAUGCUGUGGAGCAUGGGGAACUGGCUUGGCGACGAAGAUGCGAAGGGGUACCCGAUGGCGUGGAGAGGGCAUUCCCUAGGGAGGGGGGCAGUGGCCGGGUUUGUCUGUGCCGGGGGUAGCCGUGGGGCAGCCGCGGGAGCUGUCCGCGGUGCUGACCUCUGUCCGCGGUGCUGACCGCCGAUCGGGAGAACUGACCGCGGUGCUGACCGCCGGCCGCGAGAGCUGUCCGCGGUGCCGACCGCCGGGCAGACUUGGGCUGUGGUUCCGGAGUCGGGGGUCCCGCGGCUACGACCACCGUCCUAAGGCAGAGAAACAACUGCUUUCCUCCUUCCGUGGGUGGGAAAUACCAAUCCAUCCUCCAGCAACCGUGUUCUGGCCAUGAUGCUGCAGGGUUAAAGACUGACCCUUCUGCCUGCAGCUGGUUCCCCCUGCCUUGCCUGGGCAAAUAAGCAGGAGGAACCACACUGGGACUGGAAAGCUCUGAGUACUUCCCCUCAUGCCACCUCCUUGAGUUGUGUUCAACAUCCUCUCCUCCCUGAGAUCCCUGACCAGAUCACUGUCUCCACGUGGGGAAAGGAGCUGUGGAGUGUCUUGGUGGUUCAUGGUGGGGAAGCUGGGAUUGUGUGCUUUUGCAUUGAGACAGUUAUUUUGUGUCUGGCUUCUGUUGGCUGUCAGUGAAGAGGAGGGGGAGCUGCUUUUGUUCCAGGCAAAGGAGCAGAUGCAUGUCACUGUACAGCCAGCUGGGGCUGCACACACGCAGCAAAAACACAUGUGCAUAUAAGCACAUGCACGUACUUCAGCCAGGCACACACUGUACAAAGCAGCCCUUCCUCUCAGCUAUCCCACUGCCCACUGGAUGAGUUCUCCUGUGUACAGUCCUGCUCCCAGUGCAUCCUCUGCUGCCAUCCCCGUUGCUGAGACUUGCUUGUUUGAGGUACAUGUUAUCCUUUGUGCAUCUCUGGGGAAUAAUGAAUGGGUCUCCCAAGCUGGAACUGGGGAAUUGUAUCUGUGGUAAGAUGACAUUACAGCUGCUAUCUGAAGACCAGGUCUCCCUUGUCUCUACUGUGCUGAGGAAGUGGUGGUGCCUGCUGACAGGGCUCCUGAAAAUCCCUGGAGAUCAGUCAGACAGUUGGGCAGGGAGAGUUGGCCUCAGUGGGUGACACUGGGCUUGCAGGAACUGUCUUGCAGACAUGAGGCUGUGCACAGCCAUGCACACCUUUGCGUGUGGGUGUGUGCGCCUCCACUUUGCUAUACACGCAGACAGCACCCACAUGAGCAUAUGUGCACACAUAUGUGCACUAUUCCUCCUCCGCAAACCAUGGAAGAGCUGUGCAGGAAGAGCACUACUCAGUCCUUCUGCUUGUGGAUCUAGUGUAGGACUUGUUGGUUUAUGAAGGGCUCUAUGCUGAGCCUUCUCAGCAGACAGAGAAGAGGAGGGGAGUUUCUGUCCCUGUCAAGAGCUGACCUGUUGUGGUAAAGCUGGAGCUGUGAGGAAUGGCCCUUUGUUAUAGAUAAAACGCAGGGGAGCAGGUCCUCACUGAAGAGGAUGGUGAGCUGAAAGAGUUGCAUUGCACCUAGCAGAGCCUGAGCAACCAGGGCCCAGGGUUCCUCAGGUUCUGCAGGAGGAGUGCCCACAGCCCCAGGAACUGAGGUCGAGGCAAUGCUGAACUAGGCACGAUGCAGACUGUGCCGGGACUGGGAGACAUUGUUGGGCACAGCUGACAUUACUUCUGGGGACACACUGAAAUGGCACAGCCCUAACCUCUCCUGCCCCACCAAGGGCUGCUCAUUCUGGGGCGUGUUCAGAGCCUGGGGAGGUGAGCCUAGUCUGGGAGCAGUUCUGCACCCCCACAGGCCUCCACCCCACUGAAAACACCUUGGGUCUCCUGUGCAGAUGGGCUCUUUGUGACUGACUACUUCACCCGCACACCACGCAAGCUCAGUCCCUUCCGCUCCUUUGCCAGCAUUGAGCUCUUCCACUUCCAUAUCCCUGAGGACACAGUCAUCGCUGUCUGGAACCUCAUCACUUUCAAGGAGCAGGGCGGCACAUUUGGGGAUCAAUGUCCAGACCGUAGCAUCACCGUGGGCUCUACGAGGAAUGCCAGUAUCUCUUCCAGCCACAGCUCAUUGUGCAGCGCCUGGUGAACAUUGCCGUGCUGUACCCUGGUUUUGUCACCGAGCAGAGCAUGGCUCCCCACAAUCGCUCCUGCCUCUACAAGGACAGAACCUGACUCUGCGGUCCCACAGGGUGUUCGUGCCCAGCUACACAUCACGAGUGCUGGUGGAGGUGCUGCAGUGCCGUGGGUCUGAGGGCUGUCCACUGUGGCUGCGUGUGAGGGCCAAGGCUCCCCCUCUGCACAACUCCACAGCGCUGGACUGCCGGGAGCAUGCUCCCUGCAAGCUGGUGCUGGACCUGCCCUUCUGGCAGCACUGGUACUAUGUGCUGGUGGAGAAACACCCUGGGGUGCCAGGCAGCAUCUCUUUCCAGGUCACCGUGCAGCUCACAGACUGCUCCCGACCCAGCCUGGCCCGGCCACCUUUCCUGCCCUCCAGCGCCUCCAUGAACAUGCCCCAUUCCUUCGGCUCCACGGGUGGGCUGGCACUGGGGGAUAGCCCUCCGCCUGCUGACCCCAAUGGCACGAAACGCUCCGUUCCCAUCCCCACCACCUCUCCUGCUAGCGAGCAGUGCUGGCCGGUCCGCCCCACACUGCGCAAUGAGCUGGACACCUUCUCCGUCCACUUCUACAUCUUCUUCGGGCCCAACGUGUCGGUGCCACCUGACCGCCCUGCUGUCUUCGUCAUCAACCUCCUACCAGUGCUGGACAGUGGUGGGGUGCUCAAUCUGGAGCUGCGACUCAAUGUGAGCUCCCUGUGUGGCGAGAACGUGACAGUGUUUGGGUGUCUGAACCAUGAAGUCCCACUGACGUCCAGUGACAAUGCAUCCGUCACCUGUGAGACGGAGUCCAUGGCAGGCUUUCUGCUCUCUGUCAAUGCAACGGCCAGCCUCAGCCGCCUGCGGAUACCCUACCCCCAGACAGGCAGCUGGUACCUGAGCCUGCGCUCACUCUGUACCACGGAGCAUGGGUUUGAGCCCUGCAGCAAUGUGACGGCUGAGGUGUAUCUGCGUGCCUACCUCUCGCCUUGCAUCAAUGACUGUGGCAUCUAUGGCCAGUGCAAGCUGCUGCGCACCAACAACUACCUGUAUGCUGCCUGCGAGUGCAAAGCUGGCUGGAAUGGCUGGGGCUGCACAGACAACGCCGAGGCUUUCUCCUAUGGCUUCCAGCUCCUCUCCACGCUGCUGCUCUGCCUCAGCAAUGUCAUGUUUGUGCCUCCUGUGGCCAUUGCUGUUCGCAGCCACUACCUCCUGGAAGCUGCCGUCUACAUCUUCACCAUGUUCUUCUCCACUUUUUACCAUGCCUGUGACCAGCCAGGCAUCGUAGUGUUCUGCAUCAUGGAGUACGAUGUGCUGCAGUUCUGUGACUUCCUGGGCUCCCUCAUGUCUGUCUGGGUCACCGUCAUCGCCAUGGCCCGGCUCCAGCCUGUGGUCAAGCAGGUGCUGUACCUGCUGGGGGCUAUGCUGCUGUCCAUGGCUCUGCAGAUGGACCGCCACGGGCUGUGGAACCUGCUGGGACCCAGCCUCUUCGCCUUAGGGAUCAUGGCCAUUGCCUGGACGACUCGCACCAUCCGGCGCCGCCACUGCUACCCACCCACCUGGAAGCGCUGGGCUUUCUACCUGUGCCCGGGAGCACUGAUUGCAGCGGCCGCCGUGCUGCUCUAUGCCUUUGUGGAGACAGAGGAGAAUUACUUCUACAUCCACAGCAUCUGGCACCUGCUCAUCGCUGGCAGUGUCGGUUUCUUGCUGCCACCCCGUGCCAAGCCCAGUGGGCGCCUGGGGCCGCUGCCCCGGCGCAAGGGCUGCGGGUACCAGCUUUGCGUCAACGAACAGGAGGAACUGGGGCUCGUUGACCCGGCUGUGGCCUCCAUCAACAGCAUUUGUACCAGCUGAUGCCAAUGGCAGCCCAGACUCCUUUGGCAUGGACAGCAGCCCUGUGGGGAUUCUCUUUGCUGAACACUUGUCCCCUGGGAGUGCCAGGACUUUUCCAGGUGGGCUCACAGCUGCUCUUGCUGCCCUGUUGUUGCAAUUACAGCCUGGUUGAACUUGUCUCUGGGAGUUGCUGCGGCUCAGUCCUGUGCAGAACUGGGGCCACGCUCCUCUCUUUGCAUGACCAUGGAGGUGCCCAGUUGUAGAGGCAGGAAUGGCAAUGGUCUCUAGCUCGUGCUCAGGGGUCUGUAGGAAGAGCUGCUGCUCUGUGGAGGGCUGCUUUGGGGCUGACACAGCUCUGGCACACAGCAAGGUGGCCAGCAAGAGGUGUGGGACCAGAUUCUGCAGUCUUUUGGCUUGCUGCACGAUAGGCUGCAGAGCUGGGGUCACUGCUGUGGCACUGUGCUCUCACAGGACAUCUGUAAUGCCUGACCCAUGGGCAGUUCUGCUGUGCCAGGGUACCCUGUAAGCUGCUAGGACUGCAGCGAGCCCAUAACCCUGGGGCAGCUAACGCUGGGGAGUGUGCAGUUGUUGGCAGCUGUGCUGAUGCAUGGGACUGAGAGUGCUCUGCCUGCAAAGGCCACAUCCACAGGAACCCACAGCCACACUGAUGUCCCAGCACUACCCAGAGCAUCCCCCCUCCAUGCCCGAACAGAGCAGUGACCUUGCAGCCCUAUUGGUGCCACCAUGAUUAGUUCCUUAUUGUCCUGUCUCUGCAGGGCACUGAGCGUCAGUGAGAGGGGGCAUUGCAUGGACUGUAGCCACCCAUGUGGCUGGGACAACCUUAUCUAAGCCUUUAUUCCUCAUCUUCCCCUGUGGCCAGACUCAUGGGCUCAGCACCCACCUGAGCUGGUGAUGACUGUGGUUUAGUGGUGAACACCCACGCUGUGUGUACAGCUCAAGGACAGGGCAUUUCCACCUUGCUUGUGCAGCGUGGAGCGGCCAAGACUGACCAGAGGGGAGAGGUGAAACCCAGAGCCUCUUCUUACCCCACUGGGCACUGCUCCAACCCCUUGGACUAUUCCCAGCCCUGCAGAUGUCUUUGGAGGUAAGUCCUCAGGCAAAGUUCUGCACCCCAGCGGUCGCAUCCUGUCUCAGCAGAGCCCACUUGCCAGCAGCCCCCCCCCUUCCUGUGCCCUGGAGCCCGUCACAGGGAGAUUUACUGGAUGCUUAACAGGAUUAGCAACUGCAGGCAGGCAGGCAACUCCUUAAUAGGAUUGCAAUCCAAUUAAACCUGCUGCUUGGGGGCUGGGCCCC